AUGAGUGUUAUCGAAUUCCAAGGGUCGAUUGCCGACAGUGCUGUCGGCAAGAUUUCUGCGUGGAAGCAGAGAUAUGUCGGAAAGUGUUACUAUACGCGCAACGCUUCCGAAUCGCACGUUUCGGAAGUCGAACUUAUAGUGAGAGACUUGGUGCAGUCGGACAAAGUGUAUGUCACAGACAUGAUAACGAAACUGUCGUACAGGAGAGAAAAGCAAGGCCAAUGGGAUGUUGGCCUCUACACACUGGAUGUUAUUUUCAGUGGAUUCCUGAGGGGUAUACCAGCGGAGCUGAUUGGGUCGUGGGCACCAAGUGUGUCUAGCGGCAUACAUUACAAUGUACACACGGAGUGUGUAAGUAUCACAAAUCCGGCGAAUUUGUGGGACACGCAAAUAUUGUACGAUUUCGAUGAAGACGAAGACGUCGUAUACAUGAAGAGAUAUUGGCGAAGCGCCGGGAAUUUAGUUCACUGCUCAGCCGUGUGCAAACGGGAAUCAAGGUUCGCGUGCUUUCAGGCCAGUAAGGCUUGGUUGGGCACUAAUGAUCAGCUUAUUAUCCAGGCUGAAAGUUCGAAGAGAUGGUCGAGCUAG